CCAGCGCCCCGCGGAGGCGGCCGCGGGCAGCCGGUGUCACCCGGCGGGACGAUGACCCAGCGCCGGGAGCCGAGCGCCCAUCUGGACGAGGAGCUGCGGGCGCUGGGGUGGUAUCAUUAUAACCUUACUCGACAUGCAGCAGAAGCCCUGCUUCUUUCCAAUGGGAAGGAUGGAAGCUAUCUCUUGAGGAAGAGUAACGAAAGGGAAGAUUUGUAUUCCCUCUCUGUAAGGGGAAAGGAUUCUGUGAAACAUUUUCAUGUUGAAUAUACAGGAACCUCACUCAAAUUCGGAUUUAAUGAAUUUUCCAGCUUGAAGGAGUUAGUCAUGCAUUUUGCAAAUCAACCUUUAAUUGGAAGUGAAACAGGAACCUUAAUUGUAUUGAAGCAUCCCUACCCACAUGAAGUGGAGGAGCCAUCUAUUUAUGAGUCUGUCCGAGUUCACACAGCAAUGCAGACAGGAAGAACAGAAAAUGAUCUUGUUCCAAAUGCUCCCUCACUUGGUACUAAAGAAGGAUAUUUGAUAAAACAAGGCAAAAUUGUCAAGAACUGGAAGACAAGGUGGUUUACACUGCAUAGGAAUGAACUUAAAUAUUUCAAAGACCAGACAGCCACAGAACCAAUUCGGGCACUCGACUUAACUGAAUGCUCAGCAGUGCAGUUUGACUAUUCCCAAGAAAGAGUCAACUGUUUCUGCUUAGUGUUCCCACUAAGAACAUACUACCUGUGUGCAAAAACUGGAAUAGAAGCAGAUGAGUGGAUUAAAAUACUGCGAUGGAAACUGUCACAAAUACGGAAACAAGUGGAGCAGCGCAAUGCCCCCAGUUCCCAGUUGCACCCCUAAUCCUUCCAUUCCACGGGCGGGAAUUGCCUCUCAACCACAGGGAAGGCAUCUGACCACAGGAAGACAGUUCCACAUCUCCACUACUUGCCCACACGCAGACAUUUGCAUCCAGCUCUGCAUACGGAGGAUCUGUACAGCUUUCAGGACUGCUUUCAGGCUGCUGAAUCAUGUGUGGAGACCAAUGCAAAAUCACAGCGUCAGUUUGAUGCGUGUGGUUUAUGUCUUCAAGGCUCAAUCAUUCAGGCACCCAUUAACUAAACACAGAAGCAGUCACUUCAGAACUUCUGUGGUUAUCCAGAGCCAUCUUGAGAACUUACUGCACGCUCCAUCACAGCUACCGUUAGCAGCCACAGACUGUAACACUCAGCCUGUUAUUUAGAAUUAGGCCUUUCUGGAAACAUUAAAUAUUACUUUUGUGUGGCCUGUCGGGAUCUAGGCCAAAAGAAGAAUGACAGAGCCAAUUACAUUUUUGUAAGUACUAUCUACAUUAACAUCUUCAGAAUUAAACCUAGUAUUUCAAGACUUUUGAAGGUAAUGGAUGAGCAAUACUUCUGGUCAAGUAUAUUUUUGUACAUUUUAGAUUUAUACCACAGUUACGGCUUUGAAUGCACAUUUAUUUUAAAUGGCAUGUACAGGAUAUGGUAAGCAGCGACAGAAACGCAUUUGUUUACAAACCCAGGCUAUGAAAAACAGGCAGCUAGUGCUCAGCACAUGUGUGUGCUGCUACAGGACUCUGAGGAUGGAUGACAGAGCUCUGCAGAAGGCUUUGCUGGUGGCAGCCACCAACGUUUUAGCAGCAUUGAUGGGACCACAUGCUCCCCUUUGAAAAUGAGCUGGAUUUUGUAUUUUUUUUCCCCUCAAGCAGAUAACUUGGUUUAUAAAACGAGGUUUCAUCCACAACUGCAUUCAAGAAUUAAGCACUGCUUGCUUUACACUGAACAAGAAGAGCAACAGGAAAGCACAAUAUACACUAAAAAACAUACAUGUGUGCAUGUGUGUUUGAAAGAGUAUAUCUUCUACAUAAUGGAUGAAAAUUUCCAUAUGCAUUUUGGAAGACUCAAGCACACCUAAGUGUUGUGGCUCACCAGAGUUCAGAAGCAGAAGCCUUGUGCUUUGGUGCUACAAUGAAAGAAAAGAGGUGUUAUGUUUUGAAAGCAAGUUUUGACACUGGAGGGUCUCAAGGCCAGCCUGGUCUGAUCUCCCAUCUGACUGCUCCUCUGGGAGACGUGGGGUGAGCAGGGAGAUCCCUCUCUCUGUAAUGGUCACAUUUCUGAUGAACCGCUGCAUGCAUGCAAACCUUUUCCCUGGACAACGUGCAGCUCAGUGUUCAGUAGAUGCCUUUACUGUGAGAAAGUUGAAG